AUGGAAUCGCGAUCCCGAAAUCGACGGCUGGUGACCUAUGGUUCUACCACUAAUAACCAAUCGCAGUCGAAGACGGCACACUCCCAUGCGUCUACUACCAAACAUACUCCAACUAUAUCUUAUCAUUCACGUCGACCGAGUCAUCACCUAUUAUCUGGGCUACCUAAAGAAAAGCAGCCUCAAGGGUCGCAUGAGGCCUCAGAUGACAAGAUAUAUGAUCUACCAUCGUCAAGUGAAGAAGAUCAACAAUAUAAGCAGAGGCGGAAAAGAAGAAGAUGUGGCUCAGAAGGGAACACUGCCAUUUCACAGAAACAGGAAACUGUGGGCUCGCGAAAACCAGCGGUGGUGAAGACAGAUAUUGAUCUUGGUGGAAUUUCCACCAACAAACCGACUUCGGCAACCCUUCAGAUUAAGACCGUUUCACCGCGCAAUAAAAAGGACAUAGCUGACGACCAGAGUCGCCUUGAUCAAGUAGGAGAUUCUGGCUCACAGAAACCCAACCCUCGGGUGGUUACCUCUGCCGAAUGCCUGGAUAUGGCCCGAUGGUCUGACACCUUUGCGGGCGAGACCGAGCUACCAAAAAAUGCGGAGACACAGCAACGUAUCCCCCAGAACGCGCAGCAUAAUCCUAGCCCCCUUGAAUCUCUAAGCUACACUACCACAACCGCGGGGAAUGGUGUUGCUGGGCGUCGGAGACUGAUUGAUUCUCUGGGCACUAGGGAACGUUCAUCAGGGGGUUCAUCGUCAGAUAUACCGGCUGAUAGUCAGUUGUCUUCCUCCUUGCCUGCCCCGCCCACCCCAACUCGACAACAAGACCUUGCGCAAUCAAGUACGCCCAUCGAGAUCCAGUCUGAUAGUCAUGGCCAAGACCCUACUGUUGCACCCUCGCCUCACCUACGUGGCUCUAAAGUCACAUAUGCCCGUCAGCGCUCAUUCUUAGAUGACCUUAUCUUGGAUGAUGGACCUACAGGCAUGAAUCUUGCAGCUGGUGUGGAACAGAAUGAUCCACUGGGUGAUAUUGAUCGUCCGAAUCCCAGUGUUGGGCCCCGGCCUCGUCUUUUUACCAUUGCAGAGCCCAGCAAUGAUGAUGGGACUGUCCGGAGUAUCCAUGAACUACGUCAAGCCGGUGGGAAUGCUCGUUAUCGGGGCGCGAUUGAGGCCAUCUUCGAAGAUAUCGAGGACAACCACAUUUCCACAUCAGGUCGAUGUAAUGCAUUCGUACAACUCUGUAGCAAGCUACUCGAUACGAACCUUGCCCGUCAAUUUCUGGAGUGCAAUUUCGAUAAGAGGCUGGUGGAUCUGCUCUCCAAGGAUCUUGACCUGACAUCCUCUUCGCUUGCUCUCUGUGCCUAUGACCUCUGUGCGAUUGGCAGACCCCUUCCCUAUAUUCUCGCAAGUGCUGCCUGGCCUAAACUUUUGGAUAUAUCCCUCCCCUUAUUAGAUGUUCAAGAUGAUCUGCUUGCAAUGGCCCGUGCACCACCCCAGAAAAUAUCCAAGGCUACUCAACUCUCCAUUCAACAUAUCCUCCCACAGCUUAAGUCGAGAUUGCUUCUCGAUAUCGAUGCAGCCAAGUUGUCUCCUUGUUUCCUAGCACUGCAGUGCCUAAGAACAACUAUUGUGGCAGUCCAGGAGAAAGGCGAGAACCCGACCGGUCCUUCCGUGCCAUUCCUGAGGCGACUGGUAAAUCUUAUGCUAUCUACCAACUCUUAUCUUCGGAAGAGCUCGAAUAACACCAGCGCUUUGAACUCCCAGGCACUGAUUUUGGGAUUGUCUAUCCUGGAGGCACACACAACCUCCGGUGGUCCUCUUCAGAGAGAUCAUCGCGAUGUUUUAGUUUCCAUUGCCAGUUUGUAUAGUUUGCUCUCUGUGGGCAGCGAAGACCCAGUGAAUACGACUAGCCAGAGCAUUCGAAAUCUCUAUAUCCGAGUGAUAUUGAAUGUCACCAACAGUCACCCUGGUCUUUGCGAUGACUUCGCAACGCCAGAGAUGAUAGGUGAACUGGCCGCAAUCGCAAUCACCAAAUUUGCCGAUCUGGCUCAAGAGCCUUUUGUUCAGGAUAACAACAAUUCCCUUGACACGGUGAUACUGGCACUGGGGGCUCUGAUCAAUCUCACUGAACAAAGUGAAACAUCGCGUGUUAUUUUUCUCAAUCCAGAGAUUUCAGACCGGCCUCUUCUCGAUCAAUUGCUAGACCUAUUUUCUGUGCAUUUUGAUUCCACUUCCGAGGCACAUUCUGUUCCGGAAGUCCAUCAUAACGUUGCAGUGGGAUAUCUGGCAGUCCUCCUUCUGGCCCUGUGUCUCAACCCCAGUGCGCGUAUACAGGUCACAAACUCAUUAAAUUCGAAGGGGCUGUUGGUAGUUUUGUCAACCGUUGAGGAAUUCUUGCAAUAUCACCGCAAGAUCGAGCAGGAACUGCAGCCUCUUCCCGUACAAGGCGAUUCAAAGGGAUUCCAUACACGAUUACAGGACUUGAUGAUUCAAAUUCAACACACCGCCCACGUGUAG